AUGAAUCGGACUGCCAACUGGGCUGACUGGCGACCUCAAGGCGACCUCGGUUUGCGUAGAAGUCACGUACACGUGACUUCUACGCAAGUGUACGUGACUUCUACGCAAACCGAGGUCGAAACCAUCCUCGACCAGUAUCCUUUAUUACCACCAUCUCCAGCAGGCAAAAGUCUGGUCCAGCAAUGCCAGUCUGCCCGGCUCUACUACCGACUACUCAUCGAGAUGCUCCGGUCAGACAAUGGCAGCAAUGGUUUUUUUGGAGACUGCUCUGCUUUCUUUUGCUCGCUGCGACAUGGCUUCAUUGCAUUUCAUGGCUGAGACUUGCGAUGGGAAAUAAGCCCAGUUCAGCGCUGGCUUUCUGUCGUAUAAGUCUGGGUUCGUUUGUCCGCUGAAAUACGAUGAGAGUGUCGCUAAUUUAUGGUGCAGGUUUAGUUUUUUGGGUCUAUUGCUUUCAACACCCGCCGCUUUCUCCCUUUCCCCCUCCUGCUCGACGAGGCCAAUACCACAUAUCAUUGAUGACUCCACGUCGGUGGAAUCAAGCCGUAACCAACAAGUCGUUCACGGUCUUUGUCCUCGGAGUGUCGGGCAGUUCAAUACCUAUCAGUGAGUGAUCUUCUGAAUUUCGCGUUGACUCGUAUCUCAUCUAUGAUAGUUGUGCAAGGAUCGACAACGGGGAAUGACCUCAAGCAUUGGCUUCAGUCGCGUGGGCUACUGCCCUGUGGAUCUUCAUGGCAAACCUAUCUCACCCAUGAGCGGCAGUUGGUCUCAGGCACCGACACGAUGUCAGCGCAGGGCAUCGGCGACUCAUCACACCUUUCAUUGCGGUGUCGUUACUUGGGUGGAUCCAGGAAUAAACGUAAGAGGGACGAAGUAGUGAGUGAAUUCAAGUUUCGUACUGCGCUCUGUUCACCCCUUUUUUUCAGGAUGAUUCAGAUGCUCGACCCAAGAAACCACAAAAAGGCAAAGGUGGUCGGCCAACCAAUGCUUCGAAAUUAAAGCGAUCCCGCGAGAAUGAUGAUGAUGUAUUUCAUGAAGAUACGACUCCUCCCCCCAGUCUCGCACCGGUUCCAGAAACACCUGAAUCAAAGCUUCCGCUCAAGGUUGUCAAGUUCUCUCCACGUACUCGACGUACCGUCACAUUUGCACUCAGUACCAUGACCUUUUCCGACGACGAAUAUGACUCCGACCAAGUACCAGUGUCUCGACGCCAGACCUCAAAGCGUCGCCAAACACAAAAGUCGGAUCCACGAUUUAAGCCACUGAAUAAAGUGAAGCGAAGCAAGUCAGAUGGCUGGCAAACGUUGGGAAGCACUAGCACAUCCGAAACAUACCAGUAUUUUGAGUCUUCGGUCAGUCUAUAUUGGUUUCAUGUCAAGGCACUAAUAUUCGUACAGAAAAAUGAUUAUGGUCCACAUCGUUAUCAAAUAUCAGACCAGCUCGUUGAGAUCCAAUACCUUGGCCACCCUCUUGAUCGUCCGCAAGACAUUCGGGCACGGCCAUUCAUGCUCAGUUGGAUCACAGAUGAUCGUUCACCACCCAAAAGUUUGCGGAACAAGCCUCGUCCGAUCUAUCGUGCAACAUAUAAGUGUCUCGGUAAUUGCUCGGCGUUGGAUGUCCCCAAAGCACACAAGAAGCGCAAAACGGAUCGUCAACCUCACUCAAGUGAUUCCGGGUCUGAUUACGGCAGCAAUAGCGAGUCGGAGUCUGAGAGCCCGUCAUCGUCGGAGAGCUCGUCAUCGGCAACAACCAGGUCUUGUUCUAGCAAGGUACAGCUUCAGGUCCGUCUGAUCUUCCUCUGUCUUUGCUGUCUAAGUAAGCUUUAGCUCGAAGUCUGUUCGGAUGAUUUGGGCAAGGUUAUUGUAUAUCAACGUGGACGACAUGGACCAGCACCAAACGACAGUUUACAAAUCUCUCAGUAUAUUCGUCAGUGUAUCAUCGAGUAUGCCAUGCUCGCAAAUAUGACAGCAGGACGGAUUAAGCGACGUUGAGACCAUAGUUUUCUGUUGCAAUUCACACUGAAAGAUCGACAGGUUUGACAAAGGCAUAUACAACAUUCAACACACCUCUAUUCAGACGACCGACAUCUGCCCAAGUGGAAAACAUGGUAGCCAACAUUCGCAGGGCAGAAAGGUUGGACACCGAUCCUCUCUUGUCAAUUGGAAUAUUUGCCGACAAGAAUCCAGACAAGAUCUUUUAGUUCGUUUCCCACAGCACUAUUUUGUCUCUUCUGACUGCCUGGUUCAGUUAUCGUUCAGCGGAUCUUUCAACCUCUCCACCGUCCGCAUUUGCGACAGGCAUUAAAUCCGAACACUCUCUCCAGUCACUCUUACUAUGGGGAAAUCAAAAUGGCAUUGGCUUAGACUCGUGUUGGAGACAUAAAAACGAGAACCGGGCUCCUGUAACAUUCGUCACCACUAUUGAUCAUAACCGUCGCAUGCUACCAGGAAAGUCGAUUGGACAUAUAAGAGAAUCUACUAAUAACUCAAUCAUUUAGGCCCUGUUUAUGUCUCCGCAAAUGUGACGACUGAAACACUGACCACCUUUCUAAACCAGGUCAAGAUAUUGGUAGAGAAAAUGGCUCGUUCUAUUGUGAGAGGCAGGUAG